ACUAUCCACACAAGAUAAUUGAAAGAAAACUCUAUUUUCCUCCUCUUUCCUUACUCAAAUCUCUCAAUCCAAACAAACUCCAAGAUCCACACAAAAUAAUUGAGAAGUCAAGCCUAGCUGGCUAUCUCAUCUAAGCAAACUAAUUAACUAUUAAUUAUUGAUAUUAUUUUAUUAUCCUCCUCGUUGGCAUCAAAUCGAUUGAAACUUGAAACAUAUGCAUAUGUCAGGACGUGCACCCCACUUUCUCACGCGUACUCAUCAUCAUCAAGAAAACCCUAAUUUCCAAUAAGCAGGCCACCUUCUUGAUCUUCUCCAGGAAAACCCAGACAUUUUUGUGUUAGAAAGAGAGAGAAAGAGAAACCCACCUCUCUUACACCAUCACGGUUCACAUAACCCAAAAAUCAUGCCCAAUAGUUUUUAUUUCUUCUGGCUAGGGUUUCCUUGAUUUUACUCACUCUUUCAACUCACUAUCUAGAUACUUUCUGCUUUAAAACAUAUAUCAAGGCUAGAGUCCGCGAUCUUGGUGUUUGAUUGUACGAUCUUGCUUAAUUAGUACGCGAUCAUGGCGAACCCGUGGUGGGCAGGGCAAGUAGGUCUACCUACAGGAGUGGAAACCGCAACAAGAAAGCCAGAUCUGGGUAUAUCCAUGGGGAACAAUAGCGGAGAACUUAGCAGUGGCGGUGGAAGAGAAGACGACGACGAGAGAGAGCAGAGCGAUGAGCCAAGAGAAGGAGCGAUCGAGUUAGGCACUCGCCGCCCUCGAGGCCGGCCUCCGGGCUCCAAGAACAAGCCUAAACCACCAAUAUUUGUCACAAGAGAUAGCCCUAAUGCACUGAGGAGCCAUGUAAUGGAGAUUGGGACUGGUUCAGAUGUGGCUGAGAGUUUAGCCUUAUUUGCUAGAAGGAGGCAGAAAGGUGUUUGUGUGCUCAGCGGGAGCGGCACGGUCACCAACGUCACGCUCCGGCAACCCUCAUCACCUGGUGCGGUCAUGGCGCUUCAUGGCCAGUUCGAGAUAUUGUCCUUAAACGGUGCGUUUUUGCCUGGACCGGCUCCUCCGGGGGCGACUGGGUUGACAAUCUAUAUGGCCGGGGGUCAAGGGCGGGUUGUGGGUGGGAGUGUUGUGGGGCCGCUGAUGGCAUCAGGGCCAGUGAUGGUGAUUGCAGCUACCUUUUCAAAUGCUACAUAUGAGAGGUUACCGUUGGAGGAGGAAGAGGAAGCAGGAGGCGGUGGCAGUGGUGGAGGAGGUACGCAGGGACAGCUCGGCGGUGAUGGUGGUGGUGGAAUAGAUCAAGGAGACCCCAACUCAAUGUCAGUUUACAACUUGGCACCAAAUAUGGUGGCUAAUGGAGCACAAUUGAACCAUGAUGCUUACUCUAACUGGGCUCAUGGAAGGCCACCACCUUAUGCUUGAGUGACUCUACUACUUGUGGUUGUGAUACUUAAGAAGUUGUUCAAGGUACAGAAGUUGAUCAAUAUUUUUUUAGGGUUUUACAGGGACUCGAGCCCCCCCUAGUACAUGGAUAUUGAGGAGUGUUAUCCUUGAAUCAAACACACACAUGUCAUGAGGUGUAUGAUCUUGUUCUUCUUGUUUCUCAACUUUUAAUAUAUCUGACUUAAUGUUAAUUUUUAUUUCACAUACCCAA